GUUUGGGUUUGGCGGGAGAUUGUUAUGAAGUGGUGGGAAAGUUCCAUUAAUUCUAUUAUUCCAUUGAUUGUCCAUUGAUCUCAUUGUUUUACUUUAAGGAUAUUCGUUUUUCGCUUGUCACUUCAUUCAUACAUUGUGUCAAUUCGAAUGCUCGAUUCAGAAAUUUAGAAUUUCGUAAUCAUAGAGACUCUUAUAGCCUAUCAACAUCCCAUCGUAAGGUUAGCCUAACAGAAUUGUCUAGGCAUCGGCCUACUGCACAAAUUUACAAAUAAAUAAUGACACAGGUUUAAAUCAGAUAGUCUUGGCCAAGGUCGAUGUUUGUUUGUAGGCCUAGCUCGAAUCACACAAGUAGCCUAACUCAACCCAUCUAGGCCUAUUUUGAAAAAAAUGAAGUGUACUAUUCCAGAGAUCUCUUGGCACAACAGAGACCCAGUAUUGAGCCUACAUAUUCAACCAACUAAGGGAAAUGAAAGUUUCUAUCGUCUGGCAACCGGAGGAACGGAUUCACACGUUUUGAUUUGGCUGUUGUCUGUUGCGAAAGGAGGUGUAGCAUCUGUGGAAUGUGCUGCAGAUCUUACUCGUCACACCAAACCUGUAAACUGUGUUCGUUUUUCACCGUCAGGUAGCAUAUUGGCCUCUGGAGAUGAUGAGGCUUGCAUCAUUUUAUGGAAAAUGAAAAAAUCAAAUGAUCCUCCAGAACUCUUCAAAGAGGAAGGCGAAUCUUUCAAGGAACAAUGGACAAGUGUCAAGGUGUUGCGAGGGCAUUUACAGGAUGUGUACGAUUUAAGCUGGUCUGCUGAUUCCAAACACCUCAUAUCUGGUUCUGUUGAUAACACUGCCAUAUUGUGGAAUGUUUCUUCAGGUAAGAACCUGGGGAUCCUGACGGAACACAAGGGGUUUGUCCAGGGAGUUGCGUGGGACCCUAACGGACAGUACGUAGCCACCAUAAGCAGUGACAGGGUCUGUCGAGUCUACAAUGCUGUGACUCGCAAAGUGCAGUCCAAGAUAUACAAGGGUCAUCUACCAGGCACCUCCCCAGAGCCUGAGUCCAAGCCUGCACACUACUUCCAUGAUGACACCCUCAAGUCCUUCUUCCGCAGACUUACAUUCACUCCUGAUGGCCAACUGUUGAUAGUUCCCUCAGGACUUGUAGAAGAGCUUGACAAGAAGUCUACACACUGCACCAUUUUGUUCCAUAGGAAUUGUCUCCAAAAGCCAAUAGCAUUCCUGCCUUCCUUGAGUCAGUAUAGUGUGGCAGUGUCUUGUUGUCCUGUGUUCUUCACCUUACGACAGAUGGACUUUGCCCCACUGUUCCAGCUGCCUUAUCGCAUUGUCAUCGCUGUUGCUACACAGUCCAAUGUCAUGCUCUAUGACACACAACAUGCAGCUCCUUUUGCAUUAAUCACCAACAUUCACUACACUCGCCUCACUGAUCUUUCUUGGUCAAGUGAUGGAAGAGUGCUAGUUGUUUCAUCAUCUGACGGAUACUGUUCAAUAAUUACAUUUGCUGAGAAUGAACUUGGCACAAUAUACACAAAAGAGGACAACCAAACACCAGAAAAUGAGCUGACAAAAUCCCAGGACAACACACUGAAAACACCAUUGCAGAAAAGUGAUGUUCCAUUGAACCUUACAGAAGAAGCAAACAUGUGUUUUGAAGCAAAAGGAAAAAUUGAAACCAAGCUAGAUGAUAGUAAGAGUAAAAUCCCUUCCAAAGAUAAGGAGACUCCAAUGGACAUUGAUGAAUUCAGUUUAGUUUAUGAGGGAACGAUAACUGAGCCAGCGUUAGAAUCAAAAUCCUACGAUUCAAACAAAGUGAAAGAAGGAGAAAAUCUGGUAGUUGAAUCUGAAAGUAGCACAAAAGAAAAGGCCAAAGACUGCCAUGAUCUACCAGUUAGUAACCCCAUUGAGGAAGAAUCUCCCAAAAAAAACUGCGAACCUACAAAGACUAUGCAAGAGGAAGCAUUAACUUCUCCUAAGUCUGGAGUCAAUAUCACUCCUGGUAACACUAAUAAGAAGACACCUCGCCGAGUCCAACUUAUCACGCUAUCUAGUCCUAAGAGUAGGAAAAAGCUGCUUGAAUAGUUUGUAUAUUCUUCUGUGUAUAUAUUCUGAUAAAAUGUAUAUGGUUUUUUACAA